GUAUAAUAUAAGGGCUUUGGAGAGAAUAAUCUUAGCUAAGGGACUUGUGUGUAAUCUUUGCUUUAGUACAUAAACUAAAAUGUAUUUAACCUAACCUAGUGAGGGAUCUAGCAAACAGAACGGCGGAAGGAGGGAAAUCGGGAGGCUCUAGACUUCACUCUUCAGUGAAUAGAUUGAAAGGAAGAGAAAAGGAGGGUCUAAUCGAGCAUCCGACGCCGGUCGUAGGCGCCGCCUUCGGCUACCUAUCACUGCCGAUUGGAGAAGCUAUUGCUGGAUUUCAUGGUGUUCUGUGCUUCGAUGUGCGAGUUGUGAAGUAUCUCCCUCUUAAGCAUUUGCUAUUCGAGUAAGAAGCCGAGCUGUCGCUGUUCCGUUGAUUUUUGUUUGGUGCGAAUGCUUUGACGCUCUAGUGUUUUCCCGUAAGCUUCAAGUUUCGAGCUUUUCGAUGCCUUCGUUUAAUUAUUGACUGGCUAAAUAUAAACUCAAAUCAGGCUUAAGCUGGGAUUAACGGCUUCCAAUGCCCUUUAGCUUCACCCUUGCUGCAUUUGCUUAUCUCUGAAAUUGUGGAUUUCAAUGUCAUUUGUAAUGUUGCUCUCCCUCUGCAACUUGAAGGCUAAGUUUGGUUGUUUGUUGGUGAAGGGAAGCAAAGCUUGAAAAACCUUCAUACUUAUCAAACUUAACUUUGGGAUAAUGGAGUGUGUGGUUCAAGGAAUAAUCGAGACUCAGCAUGUGGAGGCGCUAGAGAUACUUUUGCAGGGUCUUUGUGGAGUUCACAGAGAACGUUUAAGGGUCCAUGAGUUAUGCCUCAAAAGCGGUCCUAAUCUAGGACCAGUUGCUUCUGAAGUUCGGCUGUUGUGCGACCUUGAGCAUUCUGAACCCACUUGGACUGUUAAACAUAUUGGGGGUGCAAUGAGGGGAGCUGGUGCUGACCAGAUUUCUGUCCUUGUAAGGAGUAUGAUAGAGAGCAAAGCAAGCAAGAAUGUUCUUCGUUUGUUCUACGGUCUUGGUUACAAGCUGGAGAAUGAGUUACUAAGGGUUGGAUUUGCCUUCCACUUCCAAAGGGGUGCUCAAAUAACCGUUACAGUGUCGUCUAUUAAUAAGAUGCUGAAACUGCAUGCCACAGAUGAGGCUGUACCUGUAACCCCUGGCAUACAGCUUGUUGAAGUAACAGCCCCUGCAACACCAGAGAAUUAUUCUGAAGUAGUUGCUGCAGUCUCGUCCUUCUGUGAAUAUCUUGCGCCGCUUCUGCAUUUAUCAAAGCCAGGUAUCUCAACAGGGGUUGUUCCUACUGCUGCGGCUGCUGCAGCAUCACUAAUGUCUGAUGGUGGGGGCACAACCUUAUAGCCUACAAGGUAAAUGUGUCAAGAGUAAAAAGUUAAGGAGGUGACUGUCGGUUCAAUCUUUUCAUAGCAAUUGUGUCUGUCGGUUCAACCUUUCGCUGGAUUUUGUUGCAGGUAUGCUCCUUUUUACAUGUUCCAUUCUGUAGUUAGUUAGGUUCUACAACCUUAAAAGGCAGUGAAAGUUUGAGACAAACACCAGUUCGUGUCUUCAUGUUUAUGGUGAAAUGUUAUCCAUAAGUUCAUCACUGAAUUUGUCGACGUGAUUCUUCUGAACUGUCCCUCCUCUUUUUUUCUUACUCCCCUAGAAUUGCAAGUCUGUUGGUGAUGGACAUGAUGGUUAUAUAUAUAGUAAAAGGUGUGACCAGUCAAGGUAAUGGCAGCAGAACGGUGCUGAAAGGUUUGGUGAGAUGGGAGAGGGCCCUUGUCCUUUGCAUUAGUUGCUGCAUUGAGACUGUCGCAACCUCUCCUACAAUAGAAUUCGGGUUGAAAGAAAAGGCAUGGCUGCGUUCUAGCAUUGAACGUCAGCCUAGACUUGCUCCCAACAUUUCAUUUGUUCAUGCCCCAAUCUCUCUCAGCAGGUCGUUCGUUGUUGCCAUAUCUGACUGCUUUGAUCGACCCGUCAAUGCUGAUCCAUCAUCAACUUAGACAUUCUUUUCGAUUUCUCUUUGCCUCAAUUAUUAGAUCUGUGAAGCCUGAAGGGUUGAUUUUCAAGCAUGGGCAAAGACAAUUCGUUAGGAAUUGGUCUGUCUAUCUGUUGUCUGAUGAAGAGAGGAAAUAUGAGAAAGUGAGUUUGGUGUCAAUGCCAGGGGCGGUUGACUCUGUUGAAUAGAUGACGUGCAAAGAAGCAAACCGAGUGUCAAAGCACAUGUUGGGUCCUUGGGACAAGAUUUGAUAAAUUAUAUAUAACUAGGUGGCGAUGCCUCGCCUUGUCGCGGGGCGGAGAUGGUAUAUGAGCAUGUAGUGACCCGUUAUGGUGUUUGUUUGUAUUAUUAGUCUAAACUUAAUUUUUUUAUUAGCAGUUUUGUUAGUAAUAUUGACUUGACAUUACGAUAUUAACUGAGAAGAGAUAUAUGGCGGUCAACAUCCAAUUUAAAUAUUUUUGAAAAAUUUGGCUAAUAAAUGAUAUUUACCUAA